CUGGCAGUGUAACAGCAACCACCACGUCAUCUUCAUUUGGCUAUGGGAUCAGUCAUCAUACUUCUGCAUUCCAUGAUGAUGACAUGGACUUCAAUGACAUAAUUUCAUCACAACAAGAAAUAAACAGAUUGUCAAAUGAAGUUUCAAGACUUGAAUCUGAAGUUGGCCAUUGGAAGCAUAUUGCUAAGGCUCAAGGAACACAUAGUUCUGAUCAAAGUGAAAUCUGCAGACUGCAAAAUAUUAUUAAGGAACUUAAACAGAGUCUAAGUCAGGAAAUUGAUGACCAUCAACAUGAAAUGUCAGUACUGCAGAAUGCUCAUCAACAGAAACUGACAGAGAUAAGUCGUCGACAUCGAGGAGAGUUAAGUGAUUAUGAAGAACGAAUUGAAGAACUUGAAAAUCUAUUACACCAAGGUGGCUCUGGAGUUACUUCAGCUGAUCACUCCAAAGUCUACAAAAUACAAAAAUCUAUUCAAGUUCUACAAACUGAAAAAGUAGAAUCUACAAAAAAAAUCGAAGAGCUUGAGGAUAAAAUAAAAGACAUAACUAAAAAAUUAACUUCUGCAGAAAAUGACAGAGAUAUCUUGAAGCAAGAACAAGAACAGCUAAAUGUGGAAAAGAGACAAAUAAUUGAACAGUGUGAAAGCUUGAAGCUGGAAUGUAGUAGACUGCAGACUUCUGCUAUGAGGCAGAGUGACACUGUGAUGGAGGCGAGCAUCCUUCCACUGAGUUCCUCAGUGGAAGAAGUGCGCAGACUACAACAAGCACUGUCUGAUGCUGAAAAUGAAAUAAUGAGACUAAAUAGUUUAACCCAGGAUAAGAACCUUGCUGAAGACAAUCUGAAACUUAAAAUGCAUGUCCAAGUUUUAGAAAAAGAGAAGUCAUUAUUGAGUCAAGAAAAGGAAGAGCUUCAGAAAACACUUUCAAAAUUGAACAGUGAAUAUGAAGUGAUUAAAAGUACAGCUUCAAAAGAUAUGAAUUUGGAUUCAGAAUUGUAUGAGUUAAGACUUAACUUGGAGGCAAAGCAACAAGAGCUGAAUCAGAGUAUUAAUGAAAAGGAAAUACUGAUGUCUGAAUUAGAAGAAUUGGACAAACAGAACCAAGAAGCUACAGAGCACGUGAUUUUGAUAAAAGAUCAGCUAUCAAAACAGCAAAGUGAAGGAGACAGUAUUAUCAGGAAACUGAAACAAGAUCUAGAUGAUGAAAAGAAGAGAAUUCAUCUACUAGAGGAUGAUAAAAUGAACAUUACGAAAGAACUAGAUGAGCAGAAAGAAAAGUUAAUCCACAGUGAACUGGUCCUAAAUGAUUUGCAUUUAACCAAGCAAAAGCUUGAAAAUCAAGUAGAAGAUUUAAUAGAUCAACUAAGUAAAUCACAGGAAAAUAAUAUAAGCCUUCAGAAGGAGAACCUUGAGCUUAAGGAACACACUAGACAAAAUGAAGAGGAACUGUCCCGAGUCAGGAAUGAGUUAACUCUUAAUCAAGAUUCUAACAGUAAAUUUAAGGAUGACUUACUUGAAGAAAGGGAAGCCAAAAUUAGAAGCUUAAAGCAAAAUCUUAUAGAAGUAGAACAGCUCAAUGAAAAUUUAAAGGAAGUUUCUUUUGAACUCAAAAUGGAAAAUGAAAAGUUGGUUUUAGCAUGUGAGAACAUAAGACAUCAGUUGGAAGAAUCUAUUGCUUAUAACAAACAAAUUUCUUUGGAAAAAAGCACUAUUGCAGAAACUCUGCAAAGGGAAAAAGGACAGAUAGAAGCAGAAUUGUGUCAGGCUGAAAAGAAGCUGCUGGAAGAGUCAAGCAAGUAUAAGCAAACCAUUGAGGAACUGUCAAAUGCACGGAAUUUGGAUACCUCUGCCUUACAGUUGGAACAUGAGCGUUUAAUUAAGCUCACUCAAGAGAAAAAUUUUGAAAUAGCAGUACUCAAAACGAAUAUUGAACAAUUGGAGACUGAUCAUAAAGAAACAAAGGAAAUUUUGUCUUCUAGUUUAGAAGACCAGAAACAAUUAGCACAACUUUUAAAUGAGAAAGAAAUGUUUAUUAAAAAAAUAAAAGAAAAAAAUUCAGAACUGCAAGAAGAAUUAGAUAAAUGUUCUCAAGCCUUAAGAAAAAAUGAAACUUUAAGGCAGGCCCUAGAGGAGAAGGACAGAAAUCUUGGAUCCAUGAAAGAAGAAAAUAAUCAUUUACAAGAAGAGCUGGAACGGCUCAGGGAACAGCAAAGUCGAGCCAUGCCUGUGGCUGAGCAAAGAGCCCUUGAUAGUACCACAGAGCUAGAAUCUGAAAUAUCACAACUAAAUACAAUUAAGGAUCAUCUUGAAGAGGAAAUUAAGCAUCAUCAGAAGAUAAUUGAAGACCAAAACCAGAGUAAGAUGCAACUACUUCAGUCUUUACAGGAGCAGAAGAAGGAAAUAGAUGAGUUUAAAUACCAGCAUGAACAAAUGAACAUCACACAUAGUCAGCUCUGUUUAGAGAAAGAUGAGGAAAUUAAGAAUUUACAUAAAACAAUCGAACAAAUAAAAGCUCAGUUGCAUGAAGAAAGACAAGACAUUCAAACAGAGAAUUCUGAUAUUUUUCAAAAAACAAAAGUUCAAAGCCUAAAUAUAGAAAAUGGAAGUGAAAAGCAUGAUUUAUCUAAAGCAGAAACUGAAAAAUUAGUAAAAGGACUAGAAGAAAGAGAGCUGCAGAUUAAACUUCUAAACGAAAAGAAUAUAUCUUUAACUAAACAGAUUGACCAGCUGUCCAAAGAUGAGGUUGGUAAGCUUACUCAGAUUAUCCAACAGAAGGACUCGGAAAUACAAGCGCUUCACGCAAGAAUUUCUUCUGCUGCUUACACGCAGGAUUUUGUUCACCUUCAGCAGCAGGUGCAGGCCUACACUAUGGAAAGAGAACAGGUCUUUGCUGUUUUGAAUGAGAAGACGAGAGAGAAUAGCAAUUUAAAAACAGAAUAUCACAAAAUCAUGGAUAUAGUUGCCGCCAAAGAAGCAGCUCUCACUAAACUGCAAGAUGAGAAUAAAAAGUUGUCUGCUCGAUUUGAAAAUAGUGGCCAAGAUAUGUUUAGAGAAACUGUUCAGAAUUUAUCACGUAUCAUUCGAGAAAAAGACAUUGAAAUAGAUGCACUAAGUCAGAAAUGUCAGACUUUGUUGGCAGUUUUACAAACUUCCACCCCUGGUAAUGAGGUUGGAAGUGUUAAUAGCAAUCAAUUUGAGGAGCUCCUACAAGAACGUGAUAAGUUAAAACAGCAAGUAAAGAAAAUGGAAGAGUGGAAACAACAGGUUAUGACCACUGUCCAAAACAUGCAACAUGAGUCAGCCCAGCUUCAGGAAGAACUUCACCAACUUCAGGCCCAAGUUUUGGUUGACAGUGAUAAUAAUUCUAAGCUACAAAUAGAUUACACUGGCCUGAUCCAAAGUUAUGAGCAGAAUGAAACGAAACUCAAAAAUUUUGGCCAGGAAUUAGCUCAUGUGCAGCAUAGCAUAGGGCAGCUUUGCAAUACCAAGGAUCUUCUUUUAGGGAAGCUUGAUAUUAUGUCACCCCAGCUCUCUUCUGGCUCCUCACUUACCUCUCAGUCAGCAGAGUCUCUUAGAGCAGGUAAGUCUGCAGGAUCAAGUGAGUCUUCUCAGUUGCUUCAACAAGAGAUUGAAGAGUUGAGAAAGUCACUGCAGGAAAAAGAUUCGAUGAUUAGAACUCUCCAAGAAAAUAAUCACAGGUUAUCUGAUUCCAUGGCUACCUCCUCAGAGCUGGAGAGAAAAGAACACAAACAAACUGAGUCAGAACUUAAGCAAUUGAAGGAGAAACAAGAUGUAUUACAAAACUUACUAAAGGAAAAAGACCUCUUAAUCAAAGUCAAAAGUGAUCAGUUACUUUCUUCAAAUGAAAAUUUUACUAACAAAGUCAAUGAAAAUGAACUUUUGAAACAGGCAGUAACAAACCUGAAAGAAAGAACAUUAAUUUUAGAAAUGGAUAUUUCUAAACUAAAGGGGGAAAAUGAAAAAAUAGUAGAAGUAUCCAGGGGAAAAGAAACAGAGUAUCAAGCAUUACAAGAGACUAACAUGAAGUUUUCUAUGAUGCUUCGAGAAAAAGAGUUGGAGUGCAAUUCAAUGAAGGAGAAGGCUCUGGCUUUUGAGCAGUUACUGAAAGAAAAGGAGCAGGGCAAGACUGGAGAGUUAAAUCAGCUUUUAAAUACAGUUAAAUCAAUGCAGGAGAAGACAGUUACAUUUCAGCAGGAGAGAGACCAAGUCACAUUGGCCCUGAAACAGAAGCAGAUGGAAAACAGCACCCUCCAGAAUGAGGUUCAACACUUGCGAGACAAAGAAUUACGAUUAAACCAGGAGCUACAGAGAUUACGUAAUCAUCUUUUAGAAUCAGAAGAUUCUUAUACCCGGGAAGCUUUGGCUGCAGAAGACAGAGAAGUUAAACUAAGAAAGAAGGUCACAGCCUUGGAGGAAAAGCUAGUCUCAUCUUCUAAUGCAAUGGAAAACGCAAGUCAUCAGGCCAAUGUGCAAGUAGAAUCCUUGCAAGAACAGUUGAACAUGGUCUCUAAGCAAAGAGAUGAAACUGCGUUGCAGCUUUCUGUCUCUCGGGAACAAGUAAAGCAAUAUGCUACAUCAUUAGCCAAUCUGCAGAUGGUCCUAGAACACUUCCAACAAGAGGAAAAAGCUAUGUAUUCUGCUGAAUUAGAAAAGCAAAAACAGCUUAUAACAGAAUGGAAAAAAAAGGCAGAAAAUCUGGAAGGAAAAGUGUUAUCAUUGCAGGAACGUUUGGAUGAAGCAAAUGCUGCACUGGAUUCAGCAUCAAGACUUACAGAGCAGUUAGAUCUAAAGGAAGAGCAGCUUGAAGAACUUAAAAAACAAAAUGAGCUCCGACAAGAAAUGUUGGAUGAUGCACAAAAGAAAUUGAUGGACUUAGUAAACAGUACUGAAGGAAAAGUGGACAAAACCCUCAUGAGAAACCUCUUCAUUGGUCAUUUCCACACACCAAAACCUAAGCGCCAUGAAGUGCUACGAUUGAUGGGAAGCAUACUAGGUGUUAAAAAAGAAGAGAUGGAACAGUUGUUUAAUGACGAUCACGGAGGUGUUACUAGGUGGAUGACGGGAUGGCUUGGAGGAGGAUCAAAAAGUGUCCCCAACACACCUUUGAGACCAAAUCAGCAGUCUGUGCUUAAUAGUUCUUUUUCAGAACUUUUCGUUAAAUUUCUAGAAACAGAGUCUCAUCCAUCUAUCCCACCACCAAAGCUUUCUGUUCAUGACAUGAAGCCUCUGGAUUCUCCAGGAAGGAGGAAACUAGAUGCAAAUGUACCCCUAAGUUUUAAAGAUGGCGCAGCAUCCAGGGCUGGAAGAAGAGCAGAUGUGAGCCCUUUCCUGGCUCCCCGCUCUGCAGCUGUCCCUCUCAUUGACCCCGCCGGGCUUGGACCUGGUGGGCCCGGGCAUCCUCUUCUGAAACCCAUCUCGGAUGUUCUGCCCACCUUUACACCUUUGCCAGUGUCGCCUGACAACAGCGCUGGUGUUGUGCUGAAAGACCUGUUAAAGCAGUAGAUUCUCAAGCUCUUCUAAAGAUCAUCAAGGAAUUUGCACAAAACCAGAAGCAGUCAUGACUUCUCUGCCUAGGGAAGGAACUCUAUUGAAGCAUGAAUUGAUCAUCUUCAAAGGACAGAGAAGCCAAGAGCAUGGCUGUUCUCAUGAGGUCAUAGGUGCCGUUAGGUGGAAUGUGUACUUGGCUCUAUGCAAUCUUGUCAUGUGUAUAGAUUCACAUGACUUCCACACAGUCAAGAUACAAUACAGUUCUUCCAUCUCUUGAGCUGCCUCCUUCUGUCUAGAACCAUGCCUCGCUGCCUCCUGCCCUCAUUCCCGACACCCCCCUCCCCUUAGCAGCUCUGUAACUUCUUGAUAUCAAGAACACUGUAUAAGUGGAAUCAUACAUUAUGUUCCCUCUUGAGGUAGAUGUGUUUUAUGCAGCACAAUUCCUUUGACAUCCAUCUUAAGUUACCACAUGGCUCAGAAGUUUAUUCCUUUUUUAUUUUGCUCUAUUCUGGGGCUUGAACAUGGGGCUUCACACCUGCAAGACAGGCACUCUACCACUGAGCCACACCCCAGUCCAAGUUCUUUUUCAUUGUCAAGUAUAUGGUGUAGGUAUACUAUUUCCUUAGAAGAGCUGAUGGCUCUUCUUCAAGGUGUCAUGUGGACAUUGUCUCCCAUGUGUCACCCUGUGCUGCUGCCUCCACAUGCAAUGAGCAAUAGCACUAAGUCUACACAUCCAGGUGCAGAGAUCCGAGCUGUGGGUCCAUCACCAUGUCACCAUGGUCGGGGGAGGGUGGGAAAUCCCCGCUAAGCACCAGCACCAGCUGUUGGAACUUAAGAAUAACAGGAGUUUUUGUUUAAUUUUUUAUAAGCCCAUCAUAAAAAAAAAAUUGUGACUUGAAGCUUAGUUUUAUCAGGAUGUCCAUUUUCUAUCAGUUGUUGAAGUUGUACAUUUAAAAGACAUUUCUUGCAGAUUUUAUAAAUUUAGAUAUACCUUUAUGAUAGAAACAUUUUAUAGCAAGGAAAGGUGAAAAUGAGGAAAGUGUAAAUAGGGCUGAAAUAGGGCUGAAUCUAGCCAAGCUAAAUCUGGUUGUAAAUUUUGCUAUGAUGGAUUGUAUAUUUCUAAUAUAUUUAGAAGCUGGAAAGUUUUGAUUCUCAGUUGAUGGUUAAAACUUUUUUUUCUGGAAAAUUAAGUAACAGAAAAUGCUGCUCCACCAUGUCACUGUCUCUUUUGGCUAACUUGUUUACAUUGCCAUUCUCUAGUACAAAGAAAUUCCUAUUGUCAGAGAAAUUCCUAUGGCAGUACAUAUGCGCCUUAACUUCCUGUACAGGGUUGCAUCCUAGUGACCCACUGUGAACCGAGAACAUCUACAGCUGAAGUGCAUUCACUCCGUGCAUUCACCCUGUUGAGCACCCUGGCCUAGCCACACUGCUUGCCCUUUGCCCUCCACCACAUGGCUGCCUGCAGGCCAAGCCCACUGAGCUGCCCAGCCUCAAGAGGAGAUGAACGUUCCAAAGCUUGAAUCCCACCUCUAAUGAAUGGCCAUCAGUUUUGCACCAUGAAUAAACUGCAAAAUCAUAAGUCAGCUUACCAUUGUAAGUUGAGGGAAAUCUGUAUUAACAUAGAUUUGUUAACAUGUUUCUAAACAAAGAUAUUUUCAUUGAUUAUCCUGAAUUAUGUGUUGCUUGCUAUUGAAGCUUCCUUUCAUGGUGGAGCAACUGCAGUGCUAGCUUCUAAGCUAAACAAAAGAUGUGUGGUCCUUCAUUUUGAAAAAAUGGAACAUGUAACAAGUGUUUUAUUUUGAAGACGAGAUGCAUGGUGGGUAUUUAAGUAGUGUGUUAUCAUAUUUGAAAUGCCUUGUUGACAUUUUAAGUAUCUACUUCCCUGACCAAAACAACCUGUCGCUCCCUCCUGUAGCUUACCUGAGUGUGGAAGCUGCGCAGGACAGAUUGUCCCUCCAGACCCCACAGAGCAGCUUACUGCUAUUCAGUGUGUGUCCAGGCCUGGACCUGUAGCACCUAAUGUUUCGUUGUACUACUGAAACUAUAGCUCACUGCUAUGCAGACUUAAGUGUUUGUUGAUCUAAACCAUUGACUUUUCUGAGACUUAAGUUGUGUCAUAGAUGAACCAUCUGCUCAGGGAGGCUUCUCAGAAACCAGACAGGGAGGAGGUGCAUGAUUUGAAUGUUAGCAUAGGACACUGCUAACAGCACCUUACUGCAGUAUUUUAACGACAAUAAUUCUGUGUGUGGUUGAACUUUCCACAUCAUUUCUAGUGGUUUUUCCAGUGUACUUAAAUAUACUACAGAAGAAAAUGUCACUUAGCCAUUGAUGUUGACUUUAAUGGAGUACAGUAUCAGGUGGUUUGAUGAGUGUUCGUUGCUCAGCAUUCUUUUUUGGAGGAGAGCAGUCCUAGGGAAUGAAUGCAGCCUCAUGUUUGCCUCCUGAACCACACCUCUAGACCUUUUGCUUUUAUUUAUUUUUCAGAGCCUCCUGUCUGUCUAAGCCUCCCCCUGAGGUUACAGGUGUUACCGACAUGAAGGGCUUGUUCUUUUGAGAUAGGGUCUGUGAGAUAACUUUUUUUUCCCUAACAGUUUGAAUCAUGAUUGUCUUAGCUCUACUUCUCAAGUAGCUGGGAUUAAAGGUGUGAACCACCCCACCCACCUCCUAAACCUUUCUUUUCUUUUUUUAGGAGUUUGGGGUACCAAAAUUAAGCAACAAGUCCACAAGGAGAAAGGGCCUUCUUAAAACUAGUUCAAGUAUCAAACCCCAUAUAAAGUUAUUAUUUUCUUUUACCCUUUCAAUGGUUAGUUUUGAGGGACAGGAAGAGCUGAAAAUCCUUAUCCAAUCAGGAAGUCGGGGCAGAGCAAGCCAGGCCACCUCUUCAGAGACAGGCUGCUGUGAUGACAAUUUAGAAUGUUACCAAGCUUCAAGGUGUUUGGAUUUGGUUUUUAAACCAAUGGUGUUUUUCAUGCAUCAAAAUAUUUAAGACAUCUUCCCCCGACAAAAAUUUAUCUUUUAAUUUUUGUUAAUUUUAAUUAAGCUGGGUGAUACUUAUUUUACAUGUUCCUCUGGGGAGAAAAUAAUUUUAAUGUUCUGACAUUUGUGAUUAUUUGUCGGUCUUUAUUUGUUAACUUAUUAAGGUUUUGCUAUUUAAAACUGAUAAAUUGUCUUUUGAUUUAUAUAGGAAAAUAACAAAUUUUCAACCCAACCUUAUGAUUAGGUUGUUUUAUAGAGAACUAAAGUCAAUGCAUUUUUUUAGUUUCUCAGGAGCACUGCAAGGAGGAAAAAAAAAACCCAAUACUCCAAAUAAAAAUGAUAUAUGUAA